AUGGUGGCUGUGAUGGCAGUAAAAGACAAAGAUUACGACGAUUCAGUGAAACUUUUCUACAUAAUUGAAAAAAAUGUUACAACACUGAAGAAAAACACAGAGAGCUUUAUAACAAAUAUGGAGCAUUUUCAAAACUUAAGGUCUUACCAUUAUGUACCCAAUUUGGUGGAAGAACAUACUACCAUCUGCUAUCAAGAAUUUAUACAGAUACUCCAUCAGAUGAUAAUUCCUGAAUUUAAACGAAGACUGAACUCAAUCAUUUAUGAACCGCUAUGUGCCCUCUCAAAUUUGUUCAGCAGCCCACAGCAGCUCGUCAAAAAACAUAAUGAUAAAUUCUUAGAUUAUGAAAAAAUUCAAGAGAAAAUAAAGGAAGAAGGCAAUGCAUCUUACGAAGAGAAGGCUGCUGUAGAGACAUACAAAGCACUGCAUUCUUUAUUACUUACCGAGCUCCCUAAAUUUAACAGCAUUGUACUACAGCUACAUGCACAGAUUCUUCAAGCAGUUAUGACCAUUCAUCGUGACUUAGCCAACAAUGUGCUUCAAUUCAUGAGCCAGCAUCUGCAUGAGGUAAUAUUUCAGCAUACUUUGUUACUUGGAUGA